AUGCCGCCUAUAUGUAAUAAGGCGCCGCUUGCAGUCGCUCACAAGGUCCCGAAGGGACGUAUUCUUCCGCUGUUUUCUCCAGACGUACAUCUGGGCAAGUCACUAAUUACGUUGACACCUGGGCGCAUUAAGGCGGAAUCGCUGGAAAAAUUGCGCUUUGCGCUUAAGCGGAUUCUGAGCAAACAGAAGGAACGUAGCGUAAAUGUGCACGCCACUUAUGCUGUAACGAGGAAUCCUGACGGCGUAAAAAUGGGUCAAGGAAAAGGCCGAAUUCACCAUUAUGUUGCGAGAGUGCCUGCUGGUUCUUCGAUAUUACACCUUCCACAACUCAGAGCAUUAGGCGGAAUCCGCGCGCCAUUAUUUGGGGGUUUUUCACGAGCGGUUGGAAAUUUACCAACAGCGUGUGGUUUUCGUUCUCAACAAAACAAUUUUGAGAUAGAUAAUUUGUCUAUCAAAACAGCAAUAAGGCUAAGGAACGAUGUUUGUGCUAAGCGCAAGUUGCUCAAGUUGCGUUUCGAAAGUACCCAUUAA